AUGUACCUAUGUAAAAUUGUUCAGGGAAAACGAUUUAAAACCGUUUUAAUUAUAAAUGCAGUUAUCAUAAAUGCCUAGAAAUACAAUCUUGAUGUUUGUUUUUCCAACUUUAGACAAAUGAAUUUUCCCCUGUCUGAUCUUUUUCAGUUUCUGACUUAGUCUUGUUGCUACUUAGAAAUAUAGUACUCAUUUACAUUUAGUUUUGUACUGUAUACUUGUAUUCGAAGACACAAAAUGACUACGAAUACAUUGAAUAUUCGUAUGUACAUAUGUAUUUACUUUGACGACAUGGUCACGUCCAGUUGGUCGAUCGACACCAUCUAAAAGUGUCCUUUGUCAAGAAUCUCCAUGUAUACCCUUACACCCAUGUUUACCUUCAUGGCUAGAGGUUAUUUUUGAAAAGUCCUAAAUUCAAAUUGACCUCAUCAAUCUCUUCCUGGUUCUGCAUUUCAUUACAAUAGCUUCAAUACGAAGUAUACAAGUAAGACCCCUUCACCUAGUAAUUUUGUUUUGAAGAUUUAUCGCCUUGGGCCCUUGGCCACUGUGAGCCGCCAUAAUUGACUAUCGUUUCCAUACUUUUGUCCUCUCAGUGUACGUACAUAGAGUCUGCCUUUUAUUUUUCUCGUCCAUAUUUCAUUAUUCUCACGAUUCAAUAAUGUCCGAACGCUCUACCCUUAUGUUAUUUAAGUUGGUUCUUAGUUAUUUGGAUGUCAAACAUUAUACAUUUCAUUGUUUAUUUGAUCCCAGGGACAUUUUUUUGAUCAGUAGUCAAUGGGUUCUGAAAGUAUGAAAUUGUGUUCACUAAUUGAACUACACUUAUUAUAUAAAUACAAACCUUGGCCAAAACACUUGGCAGAAGUCUGUAAAAGAAAAAGUUAAUAUGUUUUAAACGUUGUUGGUUUUCUCAGUUUUUUUUUAAAAUGUGGCACCAAUUCCUGGAUAAGUUCUUUAGUUUAUGAAAAUUGGGGUAAUUUCAAAUAGAACUUUGGUUCGACGCCCACCGUGUCCAUGGCAACGUGGUUGUCGUUGUAAAAUUGGGCCUAGCUCUUUCAUUCUCGAAAAAUGAUGCUUGAUCUCACGAUAAAAGAAGGUUGAAAUGGGUAAUAAACAAGGGAAGUCAACAACAGGGAUUUCUUCAAAUCAGGUUUUAGAACCGGGCCAAGGAACACACGAAUCUGAGGAUAUAGGUCCUGUUUCGCCAGAAAGACGAGCAGACAGUGCUCAUGGAGGUGCCAAGUCUGUAGCUACUGAAAAUAAAAACACAACGAUUCCGAUUGGCCAAUUCAAUAAAUUCUUAAACUGUUUGAAGGCAAUGCCUUUUGAUAUUGACGAAAAUGAAUUCCAGAAUAUUGCCGCUCAUUUGCAAAUUGUGACUGUUGAUAAGGGGGAAUCAAUUCUUGAGAAAGGAAGAAGAGGAAAGGGAAUUUAUUUGGUGGCCAGUGGACUUUGUGAGGUUAUGUCCGAUACUGAUGAAGUCUUGCGUGUAAUAAAAGAUGAAGAUUUCUUUGGAGAAGUUUCUUCCUUCUACGGAAGGCCUUGCACAGCAACUGUUGUAUCUUCAAAGAAUGGGACAGAGCUGUUAUGGCUUCCUAGAGACAUUUUAGAAAACAUCUUACACGUGCCUGUAGAUUUUCCAGUAGGGAAUUGGUUUGUCAAAAGAAGAUAUGUUGAUAUUGGUGGAAUAGCAAGUAGAUAUGAUGUUGUUAAAGAAACAUUAAUUGAUACUGUGAAAGAAGCAGCACCAUUCCAUGGCUGGUCAUUAGAGGCAAUCAAAACGGUAGUGGAAGCAGUUAUUGCUGAAGAUGGAAUCAUAUGCUAUUCCCAAGGCAGUGAACUUUUCUCUAGUGGUGAAGUUGAUACAAAUGGAUGGUUGAUUAUAAAUGGUGAAGUUGAGCUACUCAGCGCAACUGAUCAGAGCCUUGAGGUCCUGAGUGCCUGGCCUACAGGUUUAUGGUUUGGCGAUGAACAGCUUUUUUGUUACACAGAAAGGCAGAUAACAGCUAGAGCACACACUCCUUGCAUGGCAGCUAUUUUCAGGGCAGAGCAUUUUCAGAGGAUUGCAGAAAAUUUUCCAGUUGAGCAAGCAAAACUUAUAGAGUUGAGUCUAUCAUGGAAAAGAUUCACUGAAAACCAAGACAGAAAUCUCCAAGACAAAUAUGCUGGACAACUUGGUAGUAUUAUGACACAAGUUGUUCUGAGAAAGUCAGCUCUUUUAUCACUAGUUCCUCAUGGUAUGGUAUAUCGUAUGGCACUGAAUGUCAUUCAUCGCCGUCUGAAGAAAGACCAGCUUGUGUUUACAACUGAUGAAUUGCAGCAUAAAAUGUUUGUUGUUUUUGCCGGAGUUGUAGUUGUUGAGUCACAUAGCACUGUAAGCAGCAAAAAACUGGAAAUGUCACAUUUUUAUUACCCCACAGAGAUUGAACCAGAUGAUGUCUCUGCAAGAGCUCUUCAAGAUAGUAUUGUGGGGAUUAUUGAUGUAAUGUCUUUUAAAGCUGUGCAGGAUCUCUAUCCAGAAGGUGUAAUCAAUUGGGACAGAACUUUGAAUAUUGUUGGUCAUUGCUAGCAGCUGUACAUAUAUACUUAGGGGAUGAUGACCACACCUCAUAAAACAGCUCUAGCAAUGCACUAGUUUUGACAUACCAAAUUGCUAGCAAGAUCAAAGAAAGACAUUUCGUUUCAGCAUGUUUUUAAAAAUUGAAGUCGUCCUUUCCCUGAAAAAUGUCCUCUAAAGUCAGGGGUCAUGCUAGAUAAAGCCAGUAGGUCAUGGCCACUUUUGGGCUGCCUCUGUCAAAACAUUAAAAAGACCCAAUGUUGUUUUGUUGGAACUUCAGUCCGCUGUACCUGCUAGCUAAACACAAACAGCUUUAUUGUCUGAUGUUAAUGGAAGUCUAGAGUGAUCAUAAAGUAUGAAAGCCUAAAAAAUAUGGCUUCUCCCCCCCCCCCGCAAGGCUCGUAUGCUUUGCUUGUGACUCCCUUCCUCUUUCGCGUAUAUCUAUCACCUGCAAAGGGGAAAAGAUACAUUGACAAAGGGUGUUGUGAAACAUCGUAUUUAUUUUACCCCAAGUGCUUAGCCAAGGUGAUAUGAUAAAAUUGGGGAAGACGAGCAGAGCGCAAUCUACCUGGGGAGGUCUGGGGGAAUAUUUAUGUGACCACGCCCUUGGGAGUUUUGGAAAAUACCUCUCUUGAACAAAAAUUUGUUAUUGGAUUAUUGAGGAUUUCCGUUUUUCUCAACUUUCUGAUAAUUUCAGGUUGCUGCUCCCUUACUCCCUCCCUACAAAAAGUUUGCCAAUGUACGUAAAUUUUCCCUCGAACCAACCCCUUUCGCGAUCAAACACUCGUGGAACCUACCCCUCCCAUUUAACUUAACAUUCUCAUUGCAAUACAAAUCAUAGGUUCCUGGGACCUGAUUUGACUGGCUUCCAAGUACGGCUCUUGAUGUCACGUGUGUUAUUUAUGUAGGGCAGUAGAGUCGUAUUUUGUAAAUAUCCAGAAAAAGAAAAAAACGUUCGGUUUGAAGGCACAUAGAAGCCUGGAACAGUAAAUAUAAACUAUGUUUUAUAAUUGUGAUAGCGUUAGCUUUAGAUCUGUAUUUAUUAUUUUACAAUUUUAAGGAAAGUUAGUAGUGAAGGAUUAAAGACUUGGUUGGAUUUGGUUGUGUGCAGUGUUUCUUGGAAUUUAAAUUUGUCAGGCUUUUUGUGUAAUGGAAAACUCAUUAAAAGAAGAAAGAUGAGAGCGACGACGAAAGAUAAGGGAAGAAUGGGGGAAUGCAGAGUAUACUUAAGUUUUAAGCAGGUUUUCCAAUGUUUUUGCCAAAAGUGGGACAAGUCCAGCCAUAACAAGAAUCGUAGAAACUGCGUCAUCGUGCUUUCACCGCACGGCACAACGAAAAACCAAAUAAAACCGAAUAAAAGGAAAAAUAGUAACAAAACUUUAUAACCUAGCCUUGAAAAGCCAAAAAUCUGACUUAACGAGUAUUUAAGGCAAUUGUUACAAAAUAAUUGAAAAAUGCUUAAAAGUUUUUUUGUACUAUGGAUCUGAGAGUAUCGGAAAAAUUCCUGCAAUGGUUCAGAUUUUAAUUUCCUGUAAGAAGCUUACCAGCCACGUAGCUGCAGGGGGGCACGGGGGGCUUUGCCCAAAUGAAAAUUUUGACAACAGCUUGCCCCCUCUGGCUACAGUUUUUCCAAAUGAUAUUUUGAAAAUUUGGCAAAUUUAUAAUUCCAUGACUUUAAUUUUGUCCAAAUAUAUCUGUUUGAUAUAUAUCUGUUUUCUUGUUUUAAAGCCUGCCUCCCCUCAGGUAUGGUUCUUGCUCGAGUUUGCCCCCCCCCCCUAGCCGACA